GGGGCUGUAAAACUUGUAAGGGCGACAGGCGAAGAACUGCCGCCUGGAUGGCUCCGUGGCAGAGCGCAAGUUUAACACGCCGAAGGGGUCUCGCUGGCGCUCGGUGCCUGGCACAUCCAGAUGUUCAAAUAGCUAGCCAAGAUGGAAUAUGCCUCUCUGCAUAAAUGAUUGGAUGACACAUUCUUGUCUCUCUAAAUCUUUCAAAUCAGAAGCUUUACCACAUAUAAUCAAAGAAGGAUUAACUUGUGCUCCACUUCAGACAUAUACAGAAGAAGAGUUAAUGAUUAAACAAUCAGUAAAAAAAUUUGCUCAAGAACAAGUUGUUCCAUUAGUACAAAAAAUGGAUGCUGAUGCAAAAUUUGAUGAUUCUUUACUCCGAGGACUAUUUGAACAAGGGUUAAUGGGUAUUGAGCUUGAAGCAGAAUAUGGAGGAACUGGAUCUUCUUUCUUUUCUACCAUUCUGGUAGUUGAGGAGUUAGCCAAAGUUGACCCAUCUGUAUCACUUGCGUGCGAACUCCAAAAUACUUUCACUAAUAAAAUGUUUACAACGUAUGGCACAGAAGAACAAAAGAGGACCUAUUUGCCCAGGCUGGCAAAAGACAUGAUGGGCGCCAUCUGCAUUUCUGAACCAGGAGCUGGCAGUGAUGCCUUCUCCAUGAAGACUCGUGCUGAAAAGCAAGGGGAUUAUUACAUCAUCAAUGGAUCAAAGAUGUGGAUUAGUUUUGCAGAACAAGCAGGGGUGUUUUUGGUGAUGGCAAAUGCAAACCCUUCAGCAGGCUAUAAAGGAAUUACAUGUUUCAUAGUAGACCGUAAUUCAGAUGGCCUACAUGUAGGAAAGAAAGAAGAUAAACUGGGAAUCAGAGCAGCAUCUACAUGUCCUGUAACAUUUGAAAAUGUGAAGGUUCCUGAAUGCAACAUAAUGGGACAAGUUGGUGAGGGCUAUAAGUAUGCUAUUGGAAUGCUGAAUAAAGGAAGAAUUGGCAUAGCUGCACAGAUGCUGGGAUUAGCACAGGGGUGUUUUGAUCAUACUAUCCCAUACACAAAGGAAAGAACCCAAUUUGGAAAAAGCAUUUUUGAUUUUCAGGGACUGCAACAUCAGAUUGCUCAAGUGGCCAUUCAGAUUGAAGCUGCAAGGUUGCUGACCUACAAUGCAGCCCGAUUUGCAGAAACUGGGAAGCCAUUUAUAAAACAAGCAAGCAUGGCCAAAUAUUACACAGCAGAGGUUGCAACUCUAACAACAAGUAAAUGUAUUGAAUGGAUGGGUGGAGUUGGCUUCACAAAAGAUUAUCCAGUUGAAAAAUAUUACAGGGACUGCAAGAUUGGUACCAUAUAUGAAGGAACUUCAAAUAUCCAGUUAAACACUAUUGCAAAGUGCAUUGCCCAAGAGUAUUGAAAUUCCAGGAAUUGAGUGACUGUUGCCAACCUGAUUUCUUCUCAGAAAGCUAAAUAUGGUUUCACUUCUUUGUGGGUUGCAGAUUAUCCGUUCAUUGCAAGUUUAAAAACAAGGCACCAAAUUACAGUAAUUUUUAAUUAUUGUGCAACUUUCUGUACAAGAGUGUAGUAUAAAUGGCUGAACUAUUAGGAAUCAGUAAUAUAUCAUAAGAACGCUUACUUGUUUUCCCAAUCACUGAAAUAAGAGUUUAUGCACUUCCACACUCUCUUUUAAACAAAGAAACAAACUUUUGCCUGCUUUUGUAUUAGCCCAGUGGUUCUCAACCUUUUCUUCACCACGGACCUCCCCUUUAAAUACUUUUUGUGGCCACAUACCCCCAAGACUUAACUUAAGAUUUAAAUCAUCACAUUUAUUUAAGCCUUCUGGACCCCCUGUGAUGACAUUGUGGCCCCCCCUGGGGUUUGCGGACCACAGGUUGAGAUCCACUAUAUUAACCUAUCAAAUAUCUAGGAGGGCUUUAUAAUUCUGUUUAUUAAAGUGAUAAGCCUGAGCAUAUUCAAUAAUGUUCAAAUACUCUGCAGCUCUUGCAGAGUAGUAGAAUAGUAACAAUCAGUUCUUAAAAAGAUUAUCUUAUUAUUUAGACAAAUACUCAGUAAUUGGGUAACUGGGGAGAUAAAGCAGAUUUUUAUCCCUUGCUGUUCAAAUGAGAUACUGUAUGUAUGCAUGCAUGCAUACAAACACACUUAUUUGUUAGUAGUGUGGUAGAUUUCCUAACAGGGUAAUCCUAUUACCAUUGUUUGAGAUCCCCAAUAUUGAACAACAAGAUAAAUGUUAUUCAGAAGCACCAGUUUUAUUGCAUUGUUCCAGGUUUCUUUAUCCUGCCCAUUAGAAUUAAUAUUGUAGGAUUUGGGUGGGGUUUUUUUAGGAGCUUCCGAAUUCUAAAUUUUCUCCAUCAGGGAUUUAGUUGAGGACAGUGAAAGUUUUGGCUCUUAUAUAUACGGAGCCUGCCAAAUUCCCAAUUUUAUCCUUUUUCUCCUUUCUCAAUGCCACAGAUAUUUCUAAGACAGCAGGGAGUGGAGAUCCAACAAAAGAUCUACUCAAAAUUCAGAGCUUUCUCUUAAAUUCCAAAGAGGGAUUCCCAGUCUUUAUUACAGUCCUGCAACUGCAGCCCUUUUAUCCUUAUACAACAGUCUUAUGUUCGAGCCUCAGCAUUCUGUAUAAAUUAAAUGUAAUUACCAGUAUUCUUAAUUAACAGAACAUUCAUUUCGGCAACGUUCUAUUACAUUUGACAUAUGAAAUAUUGCAAUGGGUUCUGGAAUGAUGUGUUAGAAGGCAUAAAUGAUAUGUAAGGACAAGAGACCUGUGUUUUACAUGAACAAUGUGUGGAAAUGUUGGCUUCUUGAAGGUGUAGAUAAGAAAAAAUACAAGUUCCAUUUAAAUCAGUGGUCUUGUUUUAGCUAUUGUCACAAUCUUUGCCUUUAUUGGAUUAUAGAAUGUAUUCUACCUCAUUGGGAGGAAUUAUGACAACAAAUGAAAGUGCCUACUUUAUUUAGUGCCACAUUUGAAAUAUAGCUGUGUCUUACAUAUGUAAAUCAUCUGGGUAUGAUAUGUGCCCUUACUAGUAAGGAAGACGGAUCACUUGAAACGGGGAUUAUUCAUCGCAUUUGCACAGAGGAGUAAAGAAGACAAAAAGAACACAAGAAAACUAGCAACAGUAGAACAUUGGGGAAUAUGCUGACAUUGUAAACUGCCCAAUUUAAAGCUGUAAAACACUAUGGGGCAGUAUAUAAGUCUAAGUGCUAUUGCUACAUUCGUACAUACUUAUUGGCCUAAGCCUCUUAGAGAAGGGCAUGAAAAUGAGAUAUGAUUUGCACAGGGAGUGUAACAUAAUCUCUUGUAAAUGACACUUGUGAAAGUUGCUUAGCUUCUGCUGACAUUUUAUAUGGCUAGCUACUAAGAAGAAGUGGCGUGCUAUGAUCAGACAGCAUAAUAAUCAUGUAUUUUGAGAUGGUAGGGGAGAGAGAGUGCUGAGGAUAAGAAUGCAAAAGCGCCAGAAUAUAAGGCCAUUGGUUUUAUCUUUUAAAUGUCAAUAACCAGCUGAAGCACUUCGUCUCAUUUUUAAACUGUCUUUGGGGAUGAGUAAUAUCCUACUCUUGACUGGGAAAGGUACAUGUAUACAUGCACCCAUAGUGUAUUCUACUUUUUCUCUAAAUCUUUAAUGCUGCAUGAAAAGGCUUUGCUUGUCUCCCCUUUUCUUCUCGAGUAGCUCUGAGCCUAACAAUAACAGAAAUAUAAAUGCAAAUUAAACUGGUAUGCCAGAUAGACAAUUUGGGGAGAAUUACAUCUUUUUAAGAAGUUUAUCUCUUUUUAAGAAGUUUAUCUCUGUUGUAAAAGGCAAAUAAUAUUUUCCAAAUGGAAAGCAAUUUUUUCUUUUCUGUUGUAGGUAUCAGUGUCCUCCCACUCAAUAUUUUGGAAGUUUUAACAACUCUAAACUAUGUGGGGAAGUAGCUGAAGGUGGUUGGCAAUUGAGAGAAAAUUAGCAGAAUAUCUUGCUGUACCCAUUUGUAUUGCUGACAGCAAUCUCUUCUAGACCUAGACAGCUAACUCUAAAUUCAGCGUACUAACUUUUUAUUUGAAAUGGGUUUGUAUCAAGCAUUCCUUGCUUGGAUGAAUGUUAUCCUGUUUAGUUUGGGCUGCAUGCAAUGAACUGUAUUCGUUAAAAUAAAGAUGCUGAUUUUUUUCCCAACUUAAAAAUAACAUUUUGUAAACAGAACAUCUAAUACAGGCAUAUGUUUGUAUUCCUUGUAUGUUUGUAUUGGUGAUGGAAACUUGAUUCUUGGAAAUGUAUUUUGUAAUUUUCGUACAAUGAUUAUAAGCUUCAUCUGCAAAAUGAUUCUGUGAAUCUGAAAAGCUAAUUAAAUGCAAAGAUUAAGCAAAAGA